AUGGCCUCUGUGUCGGUGGACAGCGAAGACAAGGGCAUAAAGAAAACAAAUUCGCUCUAUGAGUUAGUCCCAGGGAUUUCAACGUCCAGUAACGCCAUUCAAUGUGCCUAUACAGCUGGAGUGGACGAAGACACAUUGAAACGCGCAGCCCAAGUCCUUCAAGACGGACAGAGUCGCCGUCAAAUCACUGUACCGAGUGCUCGUCCGACACCUAAAACUCUUGCCAUUCAAGAAGCAUUUUACAACUUGACGGAGCAAUUCAUGUCCGAAGAGAACUGGAAAGAGUGCGCGCGUGAAAAGAUCGACGAAUUGAUUCACGUGGCCCGAUCCAUCGAUGCCCUUCGCUAA